CAUUCAGUUCGCGUAGCCGCAUUUAAAGCCUCAUGUUCUGACGCUUUCAAGUAACGCGCGAAGUUUUCAAAGUGCACUAUAACAAUUUAUGACUAGUAAGAUGUGAAUAUUAGAAAUUCCCAUACAAAAUUGACCCAAACUACUUUCAGAUUAUAUUGUUUAGUUGGAUGUAUAUCGAUGAAUGUUAGAAACUCUCUUAACAAACUGUGUAGUCUCUAUUGACUAGGACUGUUUGCCCAAUGUAAAGAACCGGUGACCUGAAUAAUUUAUUGUGAACUUUAUUUUCUAGUGCUUUUAAAAUAAUCGAAUAACUCAACACAAACAAAAAAAAAAACAAUUUGGUCAUGAGUAUCGAUCUAUGUACAUAGAUGAUCGACGUGUUUUAUAUCGAAACUUGUUGGAGUUUUAGCUAUUUUGUGAGUGCAGUAAAGAGGAACGAUGGAAGACAUUAUUGAGAUGUCGGUUUUUGCGAGAAACUUCAAGUGAAGCCACCUGUCAAUGUAAUGGAGCUCCUUCGUUUUCUGACCUACUACUUCCUACUUUUGGUGGCAGAGAUGAUGCCAGUGGAAGGCCUGAGACAUGUGCGUCUUCGUGUCCCGGAGGCAGUGCCGAUAGGAGAGAGAGCCGUGCUCCAGUGCCUGUUUGAUCUACAGGGAGACGCCCUCUACUCCGUCAAGUGGUACAAGGGCCGACGCGAGUUCUACCGGUUCACGCCGCGCGAAGCGCCCUCUGUCAAGGUCUUCCCAAUUCCUGAUCUCAAAAUUGAGAAAAGGAAUUCAAACGCGACGCAGGUCUCAUUGAUUGCCAUUGGCACGACUCUGUCCGGCAGAUACAGCUGCGAAGUAUCAGCUGAUGCCCCGUCCUUCCACACCGCCCUGGUGUCAGCUGAUAUGGUUGUCGCCGUUGUGCCACAGACCCUUCCGGAGCUGAGCGGGGUGAGACCCAGGUACAGAGUGGGAGAAAAACUUCAAGGAGUCUGUACUUCAAGGAGAUCAAAGCCUGCUGCUAAUCUCACGUGGGGCUUGAACGGGCAGCCGGUUGACGCCAUCAGCCACAAGACAGUCUACCGGAUUAUCCCAGAGCCAGGCGGCGACCUAGAGACAGCCGAGUCGCGCCUGGAGCUGCGCCUGGAACGCCGCCAUUUUGGGGACACGGGUCGGCUGAAAGUGCGCUGCACGGCUAGCAUUCACUCUGUGUACUGGCGGACCACGGAAAACAGCGCAGAGGAGGAGAGGCCCAAGGCGGCCGUGAUGGCUACCUCCAAUGACAUCGACUCACGUCACUACUUUCACGACAUCGAGCCAGCUCUACCGAUCUCGAACAGGGCUCAAGAGAAGAAUAAAUUCUGGCAGAAAAAUUCUGCUGCAACAAAACCAGCAGAGACAAGUUCGACGACAAGAAAUAUUCCUGAUUUUAUUCAUUGGUUAUUUCUACUCUACUCAUUAUCAAGAACUUUAUGUAUCUGUCUUAACAGUUUCUUCAAUAUAGUUUAAACACAAUUAUAUUAACUCUAAAAUGAAAGUACAUUAGAAGAGUACAAUUUACUCUGGUGAACGUUUAAUAAUUUUUCUCACUUGGAAGGUUGUGAGGAGUUUCAAGACUGAAUUGGAUAUGUUAAAUCUAUUGAAUAUAUUUAUGGAUGUGUUACUGUACAUUUUAACAUUCAUGUUUAUGCUACGUUUUUAGGUGUGUAAGUCAAUUAAUAACUAUUGUCGAUUGAUAAAAAAUUGAUAGGGAACGAAGUUUGAUUGGAUUAUAAUAAUACUACAAAAAUAAGAAUGUAUCGAUUCAAUUCAAAAACUCAUUUCAUUUCAAUUUCACAAGUUGUAGUUUUGAAUUUUCAUCACUCAAAGGAAUGAAUACGAUCUAUGAUAUUGAAGGUCUUCCCGAAUGGGGAGAAUUUAGCGAAAAGCUUUGAAUAUCAUGAAGUAAACGGAGGACUAAUUAUUGAUUAAUUAAUGUUAUCAUAAUAUACAUUAAUUGAAUUCAUAAUAUUUUACAUUCCAGGAUCCUAUAUUGAACUGAGAUGUUCAGAUUUACUUGAAAUAGUUUACGCACUUGCAGUCUUCAUUUUAACUGUGUAAUUUAAGAAAUUUUCACUCAAAGGAAUGAAAACGAUCUAUAUCUAUGAUACAAAAGUUAUUGACGAAAAAUUAUCAUAGGAUUCAUGAAUUGAAUUCAUAAUAUUAUACAUUUUUUAUAUUAUC